CCUAAAGUAGCGUCCAUCUGCAUAAGCCUAAUUAAACCGGAGAUCUUGCACACUGUUUUCAUCAAACCUUUCUAGCCACACUGAUUGGUGAGGUUUCAGCCAAUGAGGGUGGGGCAACAUGGAGGCUAAUUAGCAUACCUAUGCAGCCCGAUAAAAACUCCCGCAGCUUCACCUGAGCGCCAGACCCAAGGAAAGGAAAACAGGAGCAACCUGAGUGGUCCUCUCCUCUCCUGUCACCUCGCUGUGGAAACACGCAGGGCCAGCCGCCGCCGCCGCUACCACCUGGGUUCUUGUGCGUAAAUGCGCACAGCCGAACCAGAACUUGGCGCUCUCUCAGGUGGAUCCAGGCUCAACCCGUCGGCCGGCCGGUGAUUCCCUCACGCCCGGUUCCCGCCGACCCCGUGUCCGCUCCGAGCCAAGGUUCCGGGUGCCCCAUGAGGCUGGAGGCCGCAGCCAGGAUGGACGUGUUCAGGAAGCUGUGGAGGGCCAGGAAACUGAUCGUGGUGGUGUUCAUCCCGCUGUCGCUGCUGCCGCUGCCGCUGGUCCACCCCACCAGCGAAGCGUGCUGUGCGUACGUGUUGAUGGUGACGGCGGUCUACUGGGUGUCGGAGGCCGUGCCCCUGGGGGCCGCUGCCCUGGUCCCGGCAUUCCUCUAUCCUCUCUUUGGCGUUCUCAAGUCCAGCGAGGUAGCAGCAGAGUACUGUAAGGACACCACUCUGCUGCUGAUGGGAGUCAUCUGCCUGGCCGCCUCCAUAGAGAAAUGGAACCUGCACAAACGCAUCGCACUGCGCAUGGUGAUGAUCGCAGGGGCAAAACCUGGCAUGCUGGUGCUGGGCUUCAUGUGCUGCACGGUCUUCCUGUCCAUGUGGCUCAGCAACACGUCCACCACGGCCAUGGUGAUGCCCAUCGCCGAGGCCGUCCUGCAGCAGCUCAUCUGCACCGGCCUGGCCGACUCCCAUGACGACUCGGAGACCGGCGACGCUCCCGAGGAGGACAGCGCAGCUGUUUCAACCAAAGAGGAGAACCUGGACAAGAACCAGCUAGAGCUGCUCUAUCAGAAUGAACAGAAUGAAUGCUGCAAACAGGAUCUCUGUUCCUUCACUGAGGGUCAGGCGGGUGAGCCGAACGGUUUCGGUCUUCAGCCCGUCCUGAACAAGACUUUUGUUAGACAGACCAAUGGACACCUACCGCAGGUUGCCAUAGAGAUCCCAAACGUGAAGCGAGUGAGAGCCAGAAGAGACUCCCAGUACCCCACGAAGAGGGACCACAUGAUCUGCAAAUGCCUGUCGCUCAGCAUCACCUACGCAGCGACCAUCGGAGGACUGAUCACCAUCACCGGGACGUCCACCAACCUCAUCUUCGCCGAGCAGUUCAACACUCGCUAUCCGGAGGCGAAGGUGAUCAACUUCGGCACCUGGUUCAUCUUCAGCUUCCCCAUAGCCAUCAUCAUGCUGGUGCUCACCUGGCUCUGGCUGCACUUCCUCUUCCUCGGCUGCAACUUCAGAGAGACGUGUUCGCUGAGUAAGAAGCGCAAAACCAGGAGAGAAAUGAUGUCUGAGCAACGGAUCCAGGAAGAGUACGCCAAGCUGGGCCCCAUCAGCUACCCCGAGGUGGUGACGGGGAUUUUCUUCAUCCUGAUGACUCUGCUGUGGUUCACCAGAGAGCCCGGCUUCGUGCCCGGCUGGACGUCGCUCUUUGAGAGGAAGGGCUACAGGACUGAUGCAACCGUGUCUGUCCUCCUGGGCUUCCUGCUCUUCCUCAUCCCCGCCAGGCGUCCCUUCUCAUCAUCCUCACCCAGCUGCAGUAACUCGGACAGUUCAGAUUCUGACCCUCUCGCCCCCAUGAUCACUUGGAAAGAUUUCCAGAGGUUGAUGCCGUGGGAGAUUGUGAUCCUGGUGGGAGGAGGAUACGCGCUCGCCGCUGGCUGCAAGGUGUCGGGCCUGUCGGUGUGGAUCGGCAGGCAGCUGGAGCCCAUGAGCGGCCUUCCGCCCUGGGCCGUCACCCUGCUGGCCUGCCUCCUGGUGUCGGCGGUCACAGAGUUUGCCUCCAACCCAGCAACUCUUACAGUCUUCCUGCCCAUCCUGUCAGCUCUGUCGGAGACCCUGCUCAUCAACCCCCUCCACACUCUGAUCCCGUCCACCAUGUGCGUGUCAUUUGGGGUCAUGCUUCCAGUGGGGAACCCCCCCAACGCCAUCGUCUUCAGUUACGGCCACGUGAAGAUCAGCGACAUGGUGAAAGCAGGGUUUGGAGUGAACCUGAUCGGCGUGGCGGUGGUUAUGUUAGCCAUCACCACUUGGGGCGUCCCGCUUUUCAACCUGACCGAGUUCCCCGCCUGGGCAGUGGCCAGAAACGUCACCGGAGGCUUAUAACCAACGCCGGGCUAAGGCCCGAGCCAACAGGAAGGGGUUGGGGCGGGGGGUAAAAUUGGAAAGAGAAGAGUUUUUUAUGACGAAGACAAACAAAACACGACAGAGUCAAAAGGAUCGUCUUCCCCAGAAAGAGACUGAGAGAACCGGCCUUACGGAAAGGAAGACGAGAGAAAAUGGUGGAAAGCUAGCUUAGCUAGAAUAUUAGCUUCAGUUUAAGUUGGCCAUAUUGUGGUGGCUCUGGGGAAAAACCGAACUUCAACAAAUUAACUUUACCUCUGUUGCUACAAAUACACUGAUUCUUUCAAUGAAGCAAUACAAAUUAGAACGAUAAUUGAGGCAAAUUAAGAGCUCAUAUCGUAUUGAUAUUUUAAAGUAUAUAACAGAACUAAGGUUUUUUUUUUGUUUGUUUUUCACAAAUUCACCAUGAAUGAAAUGUGUCUUAAUGUAUUGUUUGUACUCUUGUAGUAAACGUUACAAUAGAAAUAAGCUAACUAGCCACUUGUUAGAAACCUCUUUUAUGCUUUACCUAAAUGUGCAUGUUAGCGUAGCGCACUGGUCAACCGGUUAAAGAGAGGUUUCUGCUGUGGUUAUGGAUGUACUGUAUCAAUACACUCACUGAUUAAAACGGUAAAGAGGAAGAACUCAGAAGAAACUGGCGUAAUACUGUGGCGGGUAUGUUAUUAGUUUGACUUUUAACACUCCGGUACAUCUAGAAGAGAACAUAAUUUGCCCGCAAAAGCUGAUGGUGCUGCAGCCAGUGGGCUAGAACGUUCAACUGUUAGCAUAAGCUAAUAUUAAUGGCAUUUAGUGUGUCUACAAAGCAUCAUCUGUGUCUGGUGUACAGAUGUAACUACAGCAAGUUUUUACGUUGAUGAAAUUAUGAUACGGGCUAGUUGAGUCUGAACCGACAACACACCAGCAUUCUGAUUCAUGUGUUUUUAUGACUAGAGAAGGUACUGUAAGCUCUUUAAUGAGGUUAAAAUCUUUUUUUAAAGAUCAGAAUUAAUUAUUUGUUAGCCUCUCAUUGUGAAGAUCUACAAGAACUUCUGUCUUAGCUUUAUUGACAUUUUUAACUUCAGACAGUCCUGCUAUUAGCAGAACUCCAGCUACAAUGUUAGCAAAGAUAUGAGAAGCUAGCAAUAAGUUUAACACUAAAUUAACACUGAUGAUUGCAACACCCAGCUCAAAAUGACCUAAGCUGCUGGAGAGUGAUGUUAACUGUAUGAAGUUAAAAAAAAGACCUACAUGAAGUAUUUAGCAUCUGGUGCUCUUUUGUAGUACAAAUGUCAGCUUUACUGAGAGAUGGAGAUGCUGCUUUUGAUGGACAAUCCAAAAACCUGGAGCUGUUAUUAUUGGAGUUGACCUUCAGAAAUUGUACUAUAAUUUUUUCAUUCCUACUCCAGUGAUCUUCACUCACCUGUACCUCCAUCGCUCAGAUUGUGAUGCUGCCACUUAUCCACUCAGGGAACUUCAACCUGGGGCUCUGGAGUUAAAAGUUGUUAUUUGGACCUUCCACAAUGGCUCUUAAUACUUUGGGUAAAAAUAAUGAACUUUACUUUUUUUUAAUUUUUUUAAAUAUAGAUUUAUAUUGUUUUAAAUGAGCCUUUAAUAGUUUCCAGUUUUUUCGCAGCACUAAAUUUUCACAACAGAAUGACACUAAAGGUAGCCAUAAUUUUUUUUUCUUUCUUCUCUUUAUCUUAAAAAAAAACAAAUUUUAAACUGUGGUCCCCACAGUCUUAAGAGACACAAAAGUGCAUUCAGGCUUAGUGUAAGUUUUGUUUUUCUGUGUGUGUCUCAUUUCGGGAAUUGACGGUCUGAUGGGACAAACCUCCCAUUUCCCCACUGUUGACUGUGACAUCUGCUGCGCAACUCCUGAGCAUCGCAUUAAAACCGCAGUAGGAUUAGACAUAAUAUUUUCCAAAAAUUAUAAAGUGUCUUUUUUUCGAAAGGUCAAGUUACACUUGCAGAUCUGAGUUUUAUUUAGCUGGACUGAAGGCAGAAAUGUAAAGGUAGCUGACUCCUGUUUUGACCAUCACUAAUCUGCGCAAAUUAUGUCCAAUUCCUUCUGAAUGCUUGAUUUGGAUCUCGACUGUUUUUCCCAGUGAGUGUAGUCAACCUACUGUACAUAUAACCAAAUGUUUUUCUUCUAUGUUUGUAUCUAUGGAUAAAAAUCUAAUUCGCCACACAAGCCAGGGCUUCCUAUCAUGUGACCAAUCAUUUUUUGCAAAGGUUCUAAAGCUGAUUUGGAGCUUUGCUUUGCACCAAAUACCCAAUUUUUUUUGCUGCCUGUUUUAUUCAAAACAUCUUGAAAUGCCUUUUCUGCAUCAAGCCUGUAAUGCCAAAAUGUUGGCUGCCUGUUUUAAACCUGGAUUCAAACCAUAUAAGCUCAUUGGUGCCUUGCUGUGAUGUUGGAGAACCUCUGUUCACGGCUUACUUUCUUAAAUCUUGCACAUUGUUUUACGGCAAGAAUGUAUUUCCAGUAGUGACCGUGUAUUCUUUGCUAAAAAUGAUCUUGAAACUUUGCUUUUUUUUGUAUUUUUGUCUUGUCAGAUCUCAAUGUCCUUAAGAUCGCAGGGAGAAGUAUUGGUUGUUGGAUUAGCUCCGGUUUUUUUUGUUUGUUUUUUUUUUAGGUGUAGGAAGUACAUGACUGGAUUAUGUGCAAGAGGAGAAUUUAUGUGAGGCAGCAGAGUCUAUUCAGCUCUGCUUGACUGAAAACUGAGUACGGGACUGUAUUGUGCAAUAGUUUAAUCAAUCAUCAAAUCACAAUAACUCUCAUGGUGGCAAAGUCAGGUUUAUCCAAAAUCCUCCAAUGUACUGAGCAGGAAUGCAAAAAGAUGUGCUUUAUAUUUUCACAGAAAAUACAAAAAUUGAGAUGUAAUUUGUGACUGUUUUGUACUGCCAGAGGCCUUAGAAGUCUGAAUAGAUCUACAGUUUUCUUUGUGGUUUGUAGAUUUCUACAGGGUUCCUACGCAUUUACGGGGUCAAAAUUUCAUCUUCAAAGUUCUUGAUCAGGUUAACUUCAAAAUGUGCUUCCAAAGAUGAAGCUAUGCAAACUUCUAAAUGUAAAGAAUGAUGGACAGAGGGGUUGACUGGAGCAUGAGUGGAGGGAUGAUUGAUGCAGUGAUGAGUGGAUUAGUGUAUGAAAAGUCGGACGAAUGGACAGUUGGACUGACCGGACAGAGGGGCGGCCUUACAAACGGAUGGACUGAUUGACUGAUACAUUUGACACCAAGAACUUGUAUCAAACUCCAGACUGUAGGAGCCCUGUUUCUAGCAACGGUUUCAUUGAAGACCUUUGACCUGGAGGCCACACUCCUUUGUAAAUACACACUGAUUUGUAAUAUAAACACAAUGUGGUUUUUUUUUGUUGUUGUUUUUUGCCCGUUUCUAAUGACCUGUAACAUUCUCAAAUCAGCCGUUUUAUUCUGAAAGGGUAUUCAUAUCCACCUGUUGCGCUAGAGCUAAAAAACAACAUACAUGUACGACAAUAAAAGCCAUCAAAAUCACCCUGUUGGUUUGAUUUAUUCCAAAACAUUGGCGAACGUUGAUGUUUUUUCAGAGUGGUCAUAAUCCGGAAUCUUGAAUGCUCUGCGACAGGAACAGUUGAUCCAGUUAUGCGAACUGCACAGACACUUCUGGGUGGAUAUUGCAUUGAUCUUAAUGAUCUUAAUUAAGACCAAUUUGCAAAAAAAAAAAAA